AUGUACAAGGUCUCCCUUAUUUGCUGCCUGCUGCUGGGCCUCUUUCUGGCCCUCAGCUCCGCCUACAAUGGCCAGGACAUCUACGCCGAGCCCAACUGCGCCAUCGUCGAGGAUCACGCGCGCAAGUUCCGCGACAUCUCGGACCCCACCCACUACUGGGUGUGCCCCGAGGGCCAGGAGAAGGCCGACUACAUCCAGUGCCCGGACAACUACGCCUUCAUGGAGCAGCAGCAGAACUGCGUUGUCUGGGAGGAGUGGAAGUGGGUCGAGCCCUACACCAAAUAA